GAGAUUUCGUCCCGGGUAAUCAAUAUUCCGGAUACCAGAAGAAAGUGAUUUCCUACCUGACAUGAAGAGUAUCUCGGAUGUAAACAAAAUAUUGUUACAUAAAUUUGAAAUCAGAACAUUCGUUAUGUAAAGUAUGACAGUUAGAUGUUUUCGAAGGUUCUAUAGCCAGGCACCAAAAAUGUCAGAUCAAAUAAGAAAAUGUUCAGACGGAGCUGUGUGGGGCAUGCUUAUAGCUGAUGCACUAUCUAUGCCUGUACAUUGGUAUUACAAUCCUCAAGACAUAUAUACAGGCUAUGGCUCCUGGUUGACUGGUUAUGUGGCGCCAAAUAAGAGACACCCAUCAAGUAUCUUGUCUCUUUCAUCUGUAGAUGGAUCUGGCAGGACUGGGUGGCACAGUAAAUCCAAACAAAUUAUAGGGAGUGUUAUAUUACACGAUAAAUUAAAAUAUUGGCAAGGUGACAGAUCAACACAUUAUCAUCAAGGUAUGAGAGCUGGAGACAACACACUCAAUUCUCUAACAGCUCUCAAUAUACUCAACACUUUACAACAAGUUGAUCCAAAUCUUACUAAGUCAAGCAGGAAUGUAAGAGGUCUGGUUUUAGAAGAGUAUGUGAAAUUUAUGACCACCCCAGGAACACAUAAUGACACAUAUGCAGAAUCAUUUCACAGAUCAUUUUUCAAGGACUGGGCAUCUGAGGAGAAAAAACUAGUUACUGCAGAGGAGCUUUUAGAAUUCACAGACAAAAGGUACCAACAAAAGUCAAAAGGUCCUGGGGACUCACAGUUGGUUGUUAUAGGUGCAAUGUCUCCAGCACUUCCCUGGAUCAUAAGAAAUGCCCACAGAUCAGAAGAUGAAUGUGCAAGAGAAACAAUUGACUUUGUGAAAUGUACUCAUCCUGUACCAGCAAUUAUACCAUUUGUUGAUCUCUAUGCUAGACUAUUACAUGGCGUGAUUAAUGGAAAAGAUUUGAAGCAAGAGGUUUUAAGGGUGCUGAGUCAUUCGGAGCUAGGAGGACCUCGGAAGAGAGAAAUGGUAGUCUCUCUAAUUGAAAGAGCAGAAAGACAUCCAAAAGGGUCUGAGGAAAGGCUUAGGGCUUAUCAAACAGCUACACAGACGUUAGGGUCAGCGUGCUAUGUAGAAGGUGCUAUGAGCUCAAUGCUGUUUUUAGCAUAUGAAUUUGCAGAAGAUUUUAGAGGAGGUGUUCUUAGUAAUGCAAAUUGUGGAGGAGAAAAUUGUCAUCGUGGGGCUGCAUUAGGGGCAUUGCUAGGGGCCAAUGCAAUAAACAAAGGCAAAGAUAUACCUCAGAAUCUUAAGGAAGGAUUACAAGCCAAAGAAACUGUGAAAAUUCUUCUGGAACAAAUGAAGGAGUCUAACAAUAAGCAAUCAGUCAGUUGAUAAAGUGAAAGAAAUUUCAACAAAAUUGUGGUUGAUAUAUUGUUGAAACAUGUUGGUGUUGAGUGUAUAUUGAUUAUUUACAACAUAUUUCCCAUAUCUCGAAGUGUCAGACUGAACUUACAAAGUUGUACAAAAGUGUAAUAGUCUAUGCAUCAGAAUUUUAACAAAUUACCAAUAGUUGUUUUGACUUUAAGAAUUGAUCUCUAUAAUAUUCUUCAUGUUUAAGGAAUGUCACUGUUUCAUCAACAUUGAUAGGUCUACUCUGAACUUUCAUUUAUAUAACAAUAGAUUUCACCACAAAACAUUGACAUGUGCUCUUUUGUUAAUAAAUUUGUUGUUGUGAAAUUUCUUAUUUUAAUCGACUAAUUUGAUAUUUUCAUGUAGAGAUCUAUGCAUUGGCCCAGUAGGUCAGAGAAGAUAUUGAGCCAUGCCACGACAAAACCAACAUAGUGUGUUUGCGACCAGCAUGGAUCCAGACCAGCCUGCAUAGUCUGAUCAGGAUCCAUGCUGUUCGCUAUCAGUUUCUCUACUUGUUAUACGGUUUGUAAGCGAACAGCAUGGAUUAUGAUCAUGUUGGUUUUGUCAUGACGCGGCUCAAUUAUCUUUUGAAGAAAGAGAUGCACAUUGUUUUGAAGAAAGAGAUACGCAAUGGAAUAUGAGCUCACUUUGGCCAUUUAUACCAGGUGAGUUAAUAAUGGACAGUACAUAAAUGUUGGGUUACAGUUUAAACACAUCUUAAGGAAAAUAAGAUGUUGAUUAUAGCAAUUUUGUUUUCUGGAAAAUUAACCACAGGACCAGAUUUUGACUGUUAAAAAUACUUAGCUUGUACCCACUUCCUUUUUAGCUGGUCUUUUCUGAAUAAAAAUGUUCAAGCCAU